AAACUUAUCCGCGUCCCCUUGAUUGACGGAGGAAGAGAGACCGGCCGCGAGAGAGGAGAUCAUGGCGACGCUACCAGACGGCGCCUUCGUCUUCUCUUGAAACAAAUAAGGAAAAUAAAGAAAAGAGAAAGAAAAGCGUGUGGGGAAGAGGACGGAGAAAAGACCAGAUCGUCCCUUUCUACAGGCCCGGGCUCGUUUUCUCUUUUUAUUCUUUGACUUUCACGGUCCCUAGGGUUCUUCUUCCAGCUUUGGCAAAGAGGGGCAGGCGAUCCGGCCUUGUCUUUGAUAUUAGUCGUUGCUUCUUUAAUCCGAUCGGUAUCGUAGGUGGAGGGUGUCUUGAAUUCGGCAUCGGAUCUCGCGAUAUCCGCUCGAUUGUUCGGGGCUCCCUCGCAGAAACCAUUAUCUGCCGUCCAGGGGAGAUAUUUUGUUACUUAGAGGAGUUUGGUGCUUCUCCAUUCAUGGAUACCUGAGAAGUGAUUUGGCUUCUUCAAAGGGGUUUCACUAUUAUGCUGACAUUUUCUCAUGGGGUCUUGGAACUGAGGUUUCCUGUAGCUUAUAGGAACUUGAUAACUUUGUAUAAGUUAUCUGUACUUAUGCGCUGAAAAUUCACUUAGAAGAAAAAGAUGUUGAAAUCUGCCCACCAUCAGAAUGUUAGUUCACCGAGAGGAUUAGCCCAGCAUUCUGUUCGUCGUAUGAGCGGCAAACGUUCUCAAACAGGAACUGGGCAGCAUUCUUCUCCAACUGUAUUUCCAGAAAAAAGAGGCAAGACCAAAUCUUUGAAGCAGAGUGAUGCCGGUGUUGCCAAUGAAGACCCCGAAAAGGUAAAGGCACAUGAGCACAGAAUAGAUAUUGGAGAUGAGAAUUCUGAUCUGUUAGGGUAUGACGUUUUCUGUGGGAAACUUGCACUGGAUAAGAAAGCUAAAAUAACGAGUGCUGAUGAGCGGAUGGGGUCAGGAACUGGAAACUCAGAUAGCAUUGAUGCAAGACUUACGAGCAAAACCCUGAUCUGGGGUUCUCAUAUGCUAAGUCUUGAGGAUGUCAUAUCUGUGUCGUAUAAUUCUGGUCUCCGGCAUUUUAUUGUACAUGCAUACCCUGUAACAAAGAGGUCAUGUGGAUUUUCUUGUUUUUUGAAGCCACAAAGAAUUAGAAAGGAUUUUCGCUUCCUGGCUCCUAAUACAGAGGAAGCUAUCCAGUGGGUUGGUGGCUUUGCAGAUCAGCAGUGCUUUAUAAAUUACUUACCUCAUCCAGUGUCAGGUAAGAAGCAGGCCCCUGAUAUUGUCACAAGCGAGCCUCUGUUUGAUCAGCUGCAUUUCAAAUGUAAAAGUCCUCCAAAAGUUCUUGUGAUAUUGAAUCCUCGAUCUGGACAUGGUCGAUCAAGUAAAGUUUUCCAUGGCAAAGUGGAACCAAUUUUCAAGCUUGCAGGUUUUAUGAUGGAGGUAGUUAAUACGAAAUAUGCAGGUCAUGCGAAAGAGCUUGCUUCUACUGUUGAUUUCAGCACGUGCCCGGAUGGAAUUAUAUGUGUUGGUGGUGAUGGAAUUGUAAAUGAGGUGCUCAAUGGUCUUCUUGGUAGAAGUGAUCAGAAGGAAGCAAUUUCCAUUCCUAUUGGCAUAAUUCCUGCUGGUUCUGACAAUUCACUUGUUUGGACUGUUCUGGGAGUUAGAGAUCCGAUUUCUGCUGCGAUAGCUAUUGUGAAGGGGGGCUUGACAGCUACAGAUGUUUUUGCUGUUGAAUGGAUUCAGACGGGGGUUAUACACUUUGGCACAACAGUUACAUACUUUGGGUUUGUCAGUGAUGUUCUGGAACUCUCUGAGAAAUAUCAGAAGCAUUUUGGUCCUCUUCGGUACUUCGUGGCUGGUUUUCUUAAAUUUCUAUGCUUGCCCAAGUACAACUUUGAGUUGGAAUAUCUUCCGAUGACAAAGGAGGUGGCCGACUCUGAAGGCAAGGUUUUGGAAGAUCAAGAAAAAAUUGGUAUGUCAGACCUCUACACAGACAUAAUGCGGAAAAAAGCUGAAGGCAUCCCCAGGGCUUCCAGUUUGUCCAGCAUUGAUUCAAUUAUGUCGCCUAGUAGGAUGUCUGGUGGUGACUUCGACACUUCAGGUAGCACUCUUGCAAGCAAUGAGCCAUCUGAAUAUGUUCGUGGUCUUGAUCCCAAAUCAAAGCGUUUAUCCCUAGGGAGAAACAAUUUAGUGGCAGAACCAGAUGAAGUCCUUCACCCUCAGCCUCACCUUUCCUCCAACCCUAACUGGCCAAGGACUAGGUUAAAGUCACGGACAGAUAAAGGUUGGACUGGCUUGACUGCUACAAAUGAUUCCAGGGGUCCUUGGGCAGCCACUGCAUUGUAUGACAAAGAAGAUAUUUCCUCAACAGUGUCCGAUCCUGGACCUUGCUGGGACUCUGAACCAAAGUGGGAUACCGAGCCAAAGUGGGAUACUGAAGCUAACUGGGAAACUGAGAAUUCCAUUGAGCUGCCUGGGCCACUGGAUGACAUAGAAUUAGGGAUAAAGAAGGAACUUGUUCCAAAGUUGGAGGAGAAGUGGGUAGUUAAGAAGGGGAAAUAUCUUGGCGUUUUGGUAUGCAACCAUUCAUGCAAGACUGUCCAGAGUUUAAGUUCCCAGGUUGUUGCACCAAAAGCUGAACAUGAUGAUAACAGUUUGGACUUGCUAUUGGUCAAUGGAAGUGGAAGAAUGAGGUUGUUAAGAUUCUUUGUGCGCCUUCAAUUUGGUCGGCAUCUUUCUCUGCCCUAUGUGGAGUAUGUUAAGGUGAAAUCAGUGAAGCUUAGGCCUGGAAUUAAUACUCACAAUGGCUGUGGAAUUGAUGGGGAACUUCUUCGUGUAAAAGGACAAGUCUUGUGUUCUUUGCUUCCAGAGCAAUGCAGACUGAUUGGUCGUCCUGUCAGAGAUUGUAUGUAAGGGCCGUAAGCUUUUAAAGUUUGUGACGCUACCUUGAAGGUGUGUGCUCUAUUUCCACUGCUAACAACCUGUAUGAGACGCGGUCGUGGCAUACUCGGAGCACUCACUAUCCCAAACUUGUACCAGACCAGCUUUGUUAUUCCAGAGGUCUCUGUAAAUUUGAGUGCUUGACCAUCAGCCGUGAUGAUUUUUUUAUCUUUUUUCCUUCAUUGACGUACCACUCUCUUGUCGUUUGAAGCGGCCUGCCGUGUGUCCAUUCUGGCAUGCAGGGUUUUGGGAUGCUUCUUUUGGCCUCGGCGGAGUUCAUUUCUACACACUUGUAUCAUAGAGUACCAGAGUAUCAAUAUUUCUUUUUUAGCUGUAUCACCAUUAUUUCAAUAUUCUACUAAUUUCCAGAUUUUUACAAGCCUUAGCUGCUUUCGAGGUUGUUUUAAUGAUUCAAGGUUGUUUUUAUUAUUAGA